AUAUGUAUAAAGGAUUUUUACAAUUUCGAUUCUUUUUAUUAAGAGCUCUUGUGAUGAGAAGGCCAGGGAGGUGGGGCUUUUGUCUCGUGCCUGCUGUGUGCCUACAAUAAAAACAAUUCUAAUGAUAUGCCACCACAUAAUAAUAAUAAUAAUAUCGAGCAUAUCGGAACUUGGAAUUUAACCUAAAUGUAUGAUAUAUAGUUAUGUCUGUUGAUUAUUGUCAACCAUACCUAGUGUUGUCUACGCUCCUACAUUCCCUUUGCAUACGUAGCCUAUGCAUCGUGGCCGUGUCAUUGAAAAUGUCACCAAUAUCAAAUUACUCUACUUUUGAAGCAUGUGAAAACUAUUGUAGCCACAUAUUAGCAAUGCUUUAGGAGUAGUCUAAUGUUGAAAUAGAAGGAAUAAUGUACAUUUUGUCCAUCACAAUAAGUAGCAUUGUUAUUGUCAUCAAUUACAGCCUCCAAAUAGGAAUAACAUUUUUUUCUUGGAGUCUGAGAAUGAGUACAUUUGAGUCAUUUAGCAGACACUCUUAUCCAGAGCUACUUACAGCUGUGAGUGCGUAUAUUUGAGUACUUUGUCAUACUGCGUAAGACUAUUCACCAGUGGCUAAUUACAGUAGCCAGUUUGAACUACACAUCAUAAACAUAUUUGAUCUAGAAUAGCUGAAAGACACCAACUUUCCAGGAAAGAAAAGCAAACCUAACUUUUCCUACAAAUAUAGCUACUUAGUCAUGACUCCAGGAUAAGGUUAUUGAAUAAUAGAUGGUUAUUAUGGUUUGUAUAAUUGCCUGGAUAACUCAGAUGCACUACAUGAAAGCUUGUGAGAGAGAUGUACACUAAACCAGGGUAUCCCAAAUGGCACCCUAUUCACUAUGUAGUGAACUACCUUGACCAGUGCACAUAGUGCUCUGGUCAAAAGUAGUGCACAUUGUAGGUAAUAGGGUGCAGUUUGUGACAAUCUAUGGUAGUAUGCCAGUGGGUGGCUUAUUACUGUGCAGUAGGUCAGAGUUUGCUGCAUUGCAAUCUACUAAUGUGUUUCAAAUGUUUCCCCACACUGUUUUGGCCAGCAACCAUGUAAAUCUAUCAUUCUGCUGUGUUUGGGAUAAAAACAGAUGCUGAGAACAGAUUUGACCAAAUGGAUAUGAUGAUGUACUGCAGUGGUUUAUGUAUCGUUCAAUUCAGUUAAGACAAGACAGUCCAGAUGGAACAUGGGCCCAGAAGGAAAUGUUUGAAAGAGGUACCUUCCAUUUCUAGAAAGACUGCAGGGUGGAACUUGCCAGUAUGGAGGCUACCAACAUACUGCCCAUUCUGAAGAAACGCCUAGCCUUCUUGUCAGGAGGCAAGGACAGACGCAGUGGGCUGAUCCUAACCAUUCCACUAUGUACAGAACAGACCAGUAUGGAGGAGCUCAGCUCCACGUUGGACUAUCUCCUCGGCAUCCCCAGUGACAAGUGCAAAGCAAGAGGCUUCACAGUCAUCGUGGACGGACGAAGGUCACAGUGGAACACCGUGAAGACUGUGGUACUGAUGUUGCAGAACGUGAUUCCAGCAGAGGUGUCUCUGGUGUGUGUGGUGAAGCCUGAUGAAUUCUGGGACAAGAAGGUCACUCAUUUCUGCUUCUGGAAGGAGAAGGACAGACUAGGCUUUGAGGUUAUUCUGGUAUCUGCCAAUAAGCUCACACGCUACAUCGAGCCCUGUCAGCUGACUGAUGAGUUCGGAGGAAGUUUAGUGUAUGAUCACAUGGACUGGGUGAACAAAAGACUGGUCUUUGAGAAGUUUACCAAAGAGUCCACAUCCCUUCUAGAUGAACUGGUGGUCAUCAACGAGAGUGAGAAAAGCAACCAAUUAGACAAAGAAAGGCCACCAGAUUGUAACUUCCUACCAUCGCUUGAUCCUGAAACAGUUCUACAAACCGGCCAUGAGUUGCUGUCAGAGCUGCAGCAGCGGAGGUUUAAUGGGUCAGAGGGGGGUGGUGUGGCCUGGUCCCCCAUGGAUGACGAGCUACUGGCCCAGCCACAGGUCAUGAAGCUGCUGGACUCCCUCAGGGAACAGUACACUAAGUACCAGGAGGUGUGUCGCCAACGCAGCAAACGAUCCCAGCUGGAGGAGAUACAGACCAAGGUCAUGCAGGUUGUGAAUUGGCUGGAGGGGCCUGGCACAGAGCAGCUCCGAACACAGUGGGGGAUCGGAGAUUCUAUCAGGGCCUCCCAGGCCCUACAGCAGAAACACGAGGAGAUGGAAAGCCAACACAGCGAGUGGUUUGCGGUGUACGUGGAGCUGAACCAGCAGAUAGCAGCGUUGCUGAGUGCUGGAGACGAGGAGGACCUAGUGGAGCUGAAGGGUCUACAGCAGCAGCUCAGUGAUGUCUGUUACAGACAGGCCAGCCAACUGGAGUCCAGGCAGAACGUACUGCAGUCAGCACACGAGUUCCACGGCACCGCACAGGAUCUGUCCCAGCAACUGGAUGGUCUACUGGGCAUGCUCUGUGCAGACGUGGUCCCCACUGACGGGGCUGCCAUCCAACAAACACUCAAACACCUCGAGGAGAAACUCAAGAGUGUUGAGGGAUCCCUGGCAGGCCUGAGGGAGAAAGGUCAGGUCGUGAUGGAUCAGAUGUCCAACCAGACAACCUGGUCCUAUGGGAAGGACGUGCCCAUUGAGAACAAAGAAAACAUUGAUCAUAUCCAAGGAGUUAUGGAGGACAUGCAACUCCGGAAACAAAGAUGUGAAGACAUGGUGGAUGUGAGGAGACUGAAGAUGCUUCAGAUGGUCCAGCUUUUCAAGUGUGAGGAAGAUGCAUCACAGGCGGUGGAGUGGCUUGGUGAGCUGCUGGAUGCUCUCCUGAAGACCCACAUCAGGCUCGGGGACGAUGCACAGGAAACCAAAGCGCUGCUGGAGAAACACAAGAAAUUUGUGGAUGUUGCACAGAGCACCUAUGACUACGGCCGUCAGCUGCUUCAGGCGACGGUGGUGUUGUGUCAGUCUCUACGUUGCACCACGCGCUCCUCUGGUGACACCCUGCCACACCUCAACCGGGUCUGGAAACAGUUCACUGUCACCUCUGAGGAGAGGGUCCAUCGGCUGGAAAUGGCAUGCUCUUUCCACACCGCAGCUGAGAAGGUGCUGGUCCAAGCCAGCCCAGAGCAGGGUGAUCUCCCAGUGGAGGUGGAGCAGGAGACCUAUGAGGAGGUGGAGACGGUGGGGAAGGCUCUACUGGACAGACUCACUGUCCCUGUUAUAUUCCCAGAUGGGAGUGAGCAGUACUUCGGCAGCCCAGGAGACAUGGCGUCCUCUGCUGUACACAUCCGGGACAAGAUGAAGCUGGUGGAGGGCAGGAAACUGACUCUGCACGAGGAAGAUGAAGAAGACGUUGAGCAGCUACAGUAUGAUCAGAUACAUGACCAGGACAAAGAACUACAAGAUGACCAGGAACUACAAGAAGUGGACAAAGAACUACUAGAUGGAGAGGAACUGGAACUGGACACUCAGAAAAGCUAAUGGAGCACCUUCAACAGCUAACCUAGUCCCAGAUCAGUUUGUGCUGUCUUGACAAAUCCUAUGGCCAUUGGCGUGACAAUCAUAGGAGUUUACAAGACAGCAUAAACAGAUCUGGGACCAGGCUACAGAACAGCAGCAGCCAGCAGUCCACCAGAGAUUCAGGACAGGAAAGAACACCUCUGACCUUUGUCAUCAUGUCAACACAGCGCCUGACCAUCACGUGCUCCAGAACUAUCCUGUCAAUCACCCGGUGUGACUGCAUUCCUUCCGUCUGUUGUACUCUGCCUCGCCAAGCCAUAUUAACUUACUAAGAGCAGUUAAAGAUAGAAUAUGCUUCUGAGAUCAAAUUACAUUGCUUACCGCACAUGACAUGGAGAUGAAGGGAGGAAACGAAAAUGAAGAGGCUGAACUGAAAUGGACUAUUUCCCUUAAAGCUUUACCUUGCCUGUCGCUCUUAAGUCGCAUUCACACUGCACGUAGCCCAGGGCUAGUUCUCAACCAGGGUUAAGGUUUGCCCUGGGCUAAGAACAUGUAGUGUGAAAAGCGCUUAAGACUGUUGACUCAAGCUUUUACAUGGUGCUACUAAACCUUCUAGAAUGUACAGGAAGCAAAGCACCAUCUAUCUCUCCUUUUACCUUACAGGUGCUGUAGAGUUUCUAGGCCGUUCUCUUUGUCAAACUGCCUUGUUUGACUAUAAGCAAUGUAUUUUAUAUUUUCCCACUGUUGUUUUUCUUCCCCCGCAAUACCUUCACGUGUAAAAAGAUGUGCCAGCAAUGUAAAUUCAUUCUGAAGGCGUUUGAAUAAGGCACUAACUGCCCAGCCAACUGUUUCCGGUGUAGACAAACUGUUGUAUAUUGCGCAGAUGGAUGGGUGCAGUCAACCAGCUUUUAAGACAUUUAGGCUGUGUUACUUGUAUGCAUCAAGGUACAAUGUAAAAUCAGAGCUUUGUUAUAAACCUAGAUUAGAGUGGUAGAUCCAGGGCUUUGUUUUUAUUAAUAAAAUGUGAUUUGAGAAUUAUGCUUCAUCUCUUCAUAGUUGUCAUUCUAAUGUAUACAUAAAGUACAUACGCCUUUUGCAUUGUGAGGCAUGCUAUUGAAAUAUGAAUUCUAUAUUUAUUUUGUUUUGUAUAUUGGUAUUUUACAUAUCAGUGAAAGUCAUAAUGCUUGUUGUUUUUAGGUUUGCGAGGCUAAUCAUGCAUUUCUUAAAUUGUGGUCCUGCGAAAUAAACAAGCAAACAUUUGAAAGA